ACUAGCUUCAUCUCCUAAACAUGUCUCAGAAGGUUCUUUUCAUCCCUUCCAAGCAGGCACCUUUCGAAGUCGGAACCGCCGAAAUUCACAAGCCUGGCCACGGCGAGAUCCUCAUCAAGGUUCAAGCCAUUGGGCUGAACCCGAUCGAAUGGAAGCAGCACGCGUUCGGCCUCCUCAUCGACAGCUACCCCGCUAUCGUCGGCCAGGAUGCCGCCGGUGUUGUCGAGGAAGUUGGUGCUGGCGUGACUAACUUCGUCAAAGGGGAUAGAGUUGCUGCCAGAGGCGCCUUCAACAGCAACGCGCACGCGACCUACCAGCAGUACAUGCUUGCGCCUGCUGAUUUAUCCGCCAAGCUUCCGUCUAACAUCUCCUUUGAGGAAGCCGCUUCACUCCCCACAGGCGUAGAUACAGCAACAGUUGGCCUUUUCGGGCCUAUGGACGCCAAGCUCAUUUCGCCGGUUGAGACUCUUGGCGCUUACAAGGGCCAGUCCAUCCUGAUCAUUGGUGGCUCUGGCUCUGUUGGUGCCUACGCCAUCCAGCUUGCUCGCCUCUCCGGUUUCACCACCAUCAUCGCGACCGCCUCUGCCCGCCACGAAGCGUACCUGAAGUCCCUUGGCGCAACGCACGUCAUCGACCGCAACCUUCCCGAAGCUGAGGUUACCCAGGCAGUUGCUAACAUAUCCAAGGGCAUCAAGGUUGUCUUCGACACCAUCACCGAGGAAAAUACGCAGAAGAUCGGUUGGGCGGUGCUCGCCUCCGGCGGACACAUGUGCACGACACAUGUGACAUCCAUCAAGCCCCAGGAAGGUGACAGUCGCAAAGCGAAGUGGGUGCUCAGCGUGCCUACUAUGCCACCGAACAGGCCGGUCUGUAGUGCUAUGUGGGCCCAAUUUACCAAGUGGCUUGAGGAUGGCUCUAUCAGGCCCAACAAAGUCGAGGUUAUCCCUGGCGGCCUCGAGGGCAUUGCCGCUGGUUUGGACCGUCUGAAGACCGACCAGGUCAGCGGCGUCAAGUUGGUCGUGACCCUGUAGCUGGUUCAAAGGUACAAGAUGUAUGCAAACUCCGUAAUCAAGCACCGCCUCGGCAAGUAAAGUAAAUGUGAUCUAAGUAGUAAAUUCGAAUGUCGAAGUGUUCCAUCC